GCCCGAAAUGGUUCGAGACGCGGAACAAAUUUAGAACGGGCGCAACGGAGCAACCAGAUAUAUGCCGAUCGACACCGAUCGCCUCCAGGAUGAGCACGAACUCGCCCGGAACGCCGAAGAAGUGUCGGCUGAUACUGCAACAAUGUCUCGCGAUACAGCUGACCAAACCGGGCAAUCCGCCCGAAGACUUCUGGAUGUACGACAGCGGCUACACGAUCUUUCAGAAUUUCCUAUCAGCUAACCUUCAAUGCUGGUGGAACGCACCGCUAGCGGCUGCCACGAAGGUACUAAAAUAUCUUGGACACAUUUCGCCCGGCAUGCUGCUGAUAACGGCCGAACCGUGUGCGCUGGAAAUCAUCCGCAGUGCUUACGCUCGCAGCGUCCUCAAACCACCGGCCACCUAUCUGAUCAACUCCGUAGGUGACAUUGAUGACUGCAUUGUGACUCCGAUCGUACAAACACAAUUUACACCACUCACGGAAGCGCUCUGCGACGUGAUAAUGGAGCUUACAUCUCAAGGACAAUCCGCCACGAUUGAGAACAUACGCAAUCGAUUGCGUUCUAGGUUCACCCACAUGCAGCAGCCAUCGGUAGAAGUCAUCUACGAUACGCUCGUGCAGCUGAUGCAAGAAAUCAAAAUCUACCAAACAUCCAAAGGAUACUUUAUCGUCACGCCUGAGAAACGACGCAACAAAACGAACGCUUCGCUCGAGUACGGUUUCCCGGGCGGUGUCGAUCUGGACAGUGCAGCACCGACGAAAGAGUCCAAAACGCUGCUGAUGAGCAGCCACGAAGCGCUCAGCAGUCUGUACGGGGAGAUUUCGACCGUGCGUGCCGGCGAUCAAACGCACCAGUGCAUUCAAACGAAUCUGGCCGACGUGAUCUGCGGCGGUAAUCCGAACGAUAAGAUCCUCUACCCACGGUCGGCCAGCAAGCAGCGCAGUGCAUCGUUCCCGAGCAAUGGGAAAACACUCGAACGGCGCCAUAGUUUACGCUUCUUUGGUUCGUCCAAGCGACUCCAGCGGUCUGCCUCUACGAGAAGCCUUUCCAAAAACUAUGCGCAAACGAUCAGCAAAGACGGUACCGCACCGUUGGCGACACCCGAGCAAACAACCGCAUUGGAUGCGAAAAAGCAAACCUCAUCCCAAUCACUGCUAUCGCGAAUUUUCCGACGAAGCACACGCUCCAAGAGCAAAUCGAAGCAGAUCGAAACCUAUUCGGCCCAGUUCCCGCCACCGGAGUGGUUCAAUUCGAAGACCACACAUCUGCACAGCGUAGGCACACAGACGACGGACUAUUUGGACUUUCCAAUCAAGUCACGCCUGCUAAACUCCACCUUCUACGAUAGCUCGGACGUGAGCCAACGGUCCCUAUCGCUCCCGAGACGACGGCACCACCGACGCAACCUUUCCAGUGAGUCCACGUUCUUCAUCUCGUCCCGCGACUGCUCGCCGGUACGCCGUGGUAAAAGCCCCGGCUCGUACUACUGUGGCAGUUUGCCCCGGUCGAUACACUCUACACCAGCCAGCUCGGGUUACUAUAAGGUGUCCCGCAGCAAACAACUGUCCUCCGCCGACAAGCUGCACAGCAGCGACAGUCAGGGAAAGAUGGAGCACAAAACUAGUCGCAGCCUUGGCAUUGCCAGCGGUCCAUCCAGCAUCGAUAGUGGCAAGAUGACGUACGUUACGUCGGGACCAUCGAGUUUCGACAGCGAGAAGCUAUCGUCCACGCGCACCAGCACACAUUCCAGCCUGGAAUCGCACGUGUCCUCCUCCACCAUUACUACGGCCAUUCAGCAGCAGCAGCAACAGCAGUCCGGGAACUCUAGUUUGUAUAUGAAUAACGAUACCAAGCCACCCUCUUCCGCUAGCUCGCUUUCUGGCAGCCCUAGCCGAGUAGCACAAAAUGGCUCACCAAAGUCAUCCCCUUCGGCACCGGGAACCGUCACAACCGUCAUGACGGCAGUAGCAUCAACGACAAAAGCGAAUAACAGCUACAAAUGCUUCGAGACAACGUUUGGCUACACUAGCACCAACACCGGGACACCGGGUGCUAAGGUCAGCACACCACCAUCCCUUCCCGGUAGAACGUCCAAAAGCCCUACCAGGACAGGUGGCCUUGGUACCAUCAGUCUCGCCAAACCGAUCGAUCAUCUAACGGCGCUCAGCGAAUCCUUGCUUCAGUUCCGCCUAAACGGAGAUUCCUCCACAUCGCACUCAAGUUCGUCCGGCACUUCACCACCCGGCUCGACCACCCACACCAUUCCGGUCCAACAGAACGGAACGCCAGAAUUGAACAAGUACAACAAAAACAGCACCAUGAACAAUAGCAAACCGUUCCAACCGAUGGCAUCCGUGCCGGUACAACCACCGGCGAACUUUUUCUACAAAAACGUGCUCAAAAACAUCCAGCACGACAGUAAGAAUAUUUGCGGUGAUCUGGCAGUGGAAAAAACUUCCCCCACGCGAACGUACGACGAAGGAUCGGGUCGGAACGGGUUGCAGAGUAAUUUGCGCCGUUCGAAUUCGGAAAUUAAAAAGCUCAACUCAAACCCUGGCCGGGAAGGGAAGCUAGCGGAAGCGGACGAUCCCAAGUGUGGCCAGACAAUCCCACCGCCCCAACCGCUCAGCGGACUGAUCGUGAUGAAAAAGAGUCUUUCCGUGUCGAGCGAACCGAAUCUGCUCGCGAACGGUGAUAGUAAGGCGGCCCAGAUAACAAUCCUGGUGCAGGAGAACGGUGGUGCGGGCGAGCGGGACCACGGUGUUGAUACGGAUGGCCGCAAACGGUACUCACACUACGAUGAGCUGGAUCGACGAUUUAGCUAUCAGCGUGAGGAGCAACCACCGCUCGUGCUGGAAGAAAUGUACGAGUUUCCGAGCUUGUCCGAUUUGAGCUUCAACUUUACAUCGCUGGCCGCCCAGAAGAUCCUGCAGGGUGACGCCAGCCUGAACAGCAUCGAUACGCUGGUCGAGCUGAACAUUAACCAGGAGAAGCAGCAAACGCUGAUGCGGCUUAAGAACGAUGCGCGGCUGUUGGCGCAAACCGUCACGCCACCGGCGGAACCGGAUGCGGCAAAGGUGAUGACGGAUUUUGGGAUGGUUUGA